GGCCGGUGCAGCCACCAUGCACAUAACCCAGCUCAACCGUGAGUGCCUGCUGCACCUCUUCUCCUUCCUGGACAAGGACAGCAGGAAGAGCCUGGCCCAGACCUGUUGGCAGCUCCAGGACGUGUUUGAGGACCCUGCGCUCUGGCCCCUGUUGCACUUUCAGUCCCUCACGGAGCUGCGGAAGGACAACUUCCUGCUGGGCCCGGCCCUCCGCAGCCUCUCCAUCUGCUGGCACUCCAGCCAGGUGCAGGUGUGCAGCACUGAGGAAUGGCUCAAGAGCGCCUUCCAGAGGAGCAUCUGCAGCCGGCACGAGAGCCUGGUGGAGGACUUCCUCCUCCAGGUGUGCCACAGGUAGGCAGCUAUUUACCACCUGAGGACGCUGCACGUGGACUUCUGCCGCAACGUGAGCGCCGCCGGCCUGCGCCACUUACGCGCCGCGUGCCCGCGCCUGACGCUGCGCGCCGAGCACAGCGCGGCCAUGAUCCCGGACCGGCUGCCGCGCGGAGCGCUCGGGCGCGGCCCCGCUAGGCCCGGGGGCCCGAGCCGCGAGGUGGACCUGGCUUCUGAGCCUCAGUUUCCCCAAUCAGCGAGAGCGGGAGAAGAGGGUCUGCCUCACACUACGAUUUAG